AUAUCUUGUAAUCUGUUUCUGUUCACUGAAUCCCCAAAAUGAAAAAAAUAUUAAUUUUGCAGGCCCUCUUUAAUCAACCUGUUCAUGGACAGCUUUGUGAAGUGCAAUCUACUGUCCUACCCCUUAGCAUUGGUUUGUCAGGACAUACAGGAGCUGGCCAGGCAUUUUGGUAUAGAUAUGGAGCUGUGCCGCAGCCACUGGCACCAGGUACAUGCCAGUCUAGAGGGGACUGAUCAGUCAGCCGACCAGACCAUGACCUGGAUUACUGGCAACCUUUCUACCAGUCAUCCAGCUCUUUACAGAAUUGCUGCUGUGGGUCUCCUCCUCCCAACCUCUAUUGCAGAUUGUGAGCGAGGAUUCAGCUGCCUGAAGAAAGUUAAGACUGAAAACAGGAAUUGUCUCUCUGUUAAAGUUCUAAACUAUCUUCUUGCCGUCUCCCUUCAAGGACCCCCAUUAGAAUCUUUCAACUUUGAGAAGGCAGUCAAGGCAUGGAAGGACAACAAACCUAGAAGACAGGCCCACUUUUAAUGAUG